AGCGCCGGUGUUUCCUCUCUGUCAUGUUUUAUAUUCCUUUUUAUUUUUAUAUUCCUCAACUUUAUAAAGAACGCGGACAGCGUCUGUGUCACCAGGAGCAUCUAGAAUAAUCGCUCUGUAAACAGCUUAUUUCAGGUGUGAUUGAGGGUGUGAUUGAGGACCUGGUGAGGACCUGGUGAGGAGCUGCUGUGGGUUUAAACCCGUGUGUGGUGCCAUCGGUGCAUCGGCGUUGAACUCAGGAACACGGAGCCACGCUGUAUCGUUCAAGACGGAGCAGAUUCGUGAGAGCAGUAUGAGUUAUAAACCUAUAGCUCCUGCGCCGACUGGUUCCAAUCACACUCCUCCAGGUUCGAGUGGCUCCUCUCCGUCGCUGCCUUCCGCUUCCAAUUUCAGACCAGCGUUCAGCGACUUCGGCCCACCGUCCAUGGGCUUCGUACAGCCGGUGAAAGUGUCUCAGGGCUCCACCUACAGCGAGCUGCUGUCCGUCAUCGAGGAGAUGAGUCGAGAGAUCCGGCCGACGUACGCCGGCAGCAAGAGUGCCAUGGAGAGACUAAAGAGAGGAAUCAUCCACGCCCGCGCCCUAGUGAGAGAGUGUCUAGCUGAAACGGAACGAAGCGCUCGCACAUAACACACACCUUUAAUGUCUACUGCAUUCUCUCUUCCUUUCUUUUACACACACACACACACACAGACUCUAAGUACACUUGAUGGUUUCCUGGGUCUCGAGUAGCAGAAUUGUAUCUGUAUAAUGAUGCGCCACAUAAACAUUUCCGUAUGUGUAAAUGCACCCAACACCAACAUGCAGUUAUGGUCCUGUGCAAAAGUUUUCACACCCCUGGUCUGCUGAUAACAAACGUUGCACAUUCCACAGACAGGAAAACAGGGGAGUGAUAGCUCAGUGGUUAAGGUACUGCCGGUUCAAGCCCCACAACCGCCAACUGUUGGGCCCCUGAGCAAGGCCCUUAGCCCUCAAUUGCUCAAAAUCCUGUUCAGUCGUAACUGUAAGUCGCUUUGGAUAACUAAAUGCCAAAAAUGUUAAUGUAAAUUGAAAACAAACUAAAAGUGGCAUGUCACUUACGGCAUAUGUAAUGUUUAUAUUCCAUUUUUACCACCUGUUUAUCCUGGUCAGGGUCGUGGUGGGUACAGCUUUGUCUGAUUCACUGGGUGCAAUGCAGUAACACACCCCAAACCGGAUGCCCUUCCAUCACGGCCACAUAUAUUCACAUUUACAUUUUCGGCGCUUUUUAUCCAAAGCGACUUAGUUCUUUGACAGUGUAUUGUCUAAGCAAUUGAGGGUUAAGGACCUCGCUCAAGGGCCCAACAGUGGCAACCUGGCAGUAGUGGGACUUGAACCAGCGACCUUUUGGCUACUAGUCCAGUACCUUAACCGCUAGGCUACAACUGCCUUCAAAUCCAUCAUUGGGUUCCAUUGCACCUCUCAAUCACAAAGCCAAUCGUGUCUAAUCAGACGCCUGACCCGCCCACAGUGCCACUGAGAUUCGAACCCCUAAUCUUAGGGUUAGUGGGCUAGCAUAGUUUACCUCAGAAACAUCGUUGCAUAUUUAAUUUACAUGUAUUCACUGUAGAAGAUCUGUGCUUAAAUAAACAUUUUAGAAGCAUCAGUUUCUCCAAGAUGCAUUAGGAUCUGCUUAAUAGACUAAGAUGUGGAGCACGUCCACGGUCGGGGUCACUGCUGCAUUUUUAGACGUCGACCUCUGUGGUCUGUGUCUUUAUAAGAGCCGGAGGGAAACCAAGGAGCACAGAACGUGGACAGUGUUCAGACUUUAAUGGGAUCCACUGGAGUUUGGAGUGUAAACACAUCUGGGUCAAAAUCUUGGCACGAUACAAUGCAGAUCCAAGGACCCAUGAACCAAAGAGGCGUAAAUAGGAUCGGUCAUACACACACACACACACACACACACACUUUUACACUUCAUCUUCGUUCAUUCUGCAUAGUUCAGCCCCCUCACCUAACGAGUGCUAAUUUCAACUUUUGUAAUUUCAGACUUUUGCAGUUCUGUAUUUAAAUACAAAGACAAUAAAAAUCAGGUUUUUCAAUUAA